CUGGCUGGCCCAUACUCCGGAACAGUUGGAGGCGGUAAUGCUGCAUUAAACUGGUUGCCAACCGCCGUUAAACAAGACGAAGAAGAAAUCUAGCUUCCGCUGUUCCGACACAAGACUUAAGUUAAAUGAUUUGGAAGUGGACAUAGUUGGACUCUUUUGGCCGUCGUUUAUUUAGCGCCACAACCACAAACAGCUGCGCCACUCGGUGUUUGUUUUGUGUGUGUUUUUUUUAGGAAUUUGGCGCAACAUGAGUCUGAACGAGCACUCACUACAAGCUCUGUCCUGGAGAAAGCUGUACCUGAGCCGAGCCAAGCUGAAAGCUUCCAGCCGAACCUCAGCUCUCCUCUCUGGGUUCGCUAUGGUGGCUAUGGUGGAAGUGCAACUGGACAACAGUUAUCCAUACCCGCCUGCUCUCCUCAUCGCCUUCAGUGCCUGCACCACUGUGCUCGUGGCCGUUCACCUGUUUGCCCUCAUGGUCAGCACGUGCAUUUUGCCCAACAUAGAAGCUGUCAGCAACGUGCACAAUCUCAACUCUGUUAAGGAGUCUCCACAUGAGCGGAUGCACCGCCACAUCGAACUGGCUUGGGCUUUUUCUACUGUCAUUGGCACUUUGCUUUUCCUCGCUGAGGUGGUUCUAUUGUGCUGGGUCAAAUUUCUACCCAUUAAACCCAUCAAAUCCAGUAAUAACACAGUGUCAUCAGGCGUGGCUGCUGCUAUUACGUCUACCUCCAUUAUGGUCCCCUUUGGUUUAGUCUUUAUAGUCUUCGCUGUGCACUUCUAUCGCUCUUUGGUGAGCCACAAGACUGACAGACAGUUCCAGGAGCUUGAGGAGCUUUCUAACCUCACCCGGCUUCAAAAUGAGCUUGACAACAGAGGGGAUUCUUCCAUCUUGCAAUCGCCAAGCUCCCACUUCCCAUAGAUGGGUGCAUGCAUUUGUAGGAACUUUGAUGUCUUGUGAUUUCAACAAGACAGAAGCCACGACUUUAGAUUAAAAAUUUUUUUUAGGAAUGUCAAAAUCUCAAGCUUGUGUGAAACUGACUUUUACAAAGAGCUGUAUUUUUGAAGGUACAUUUGAACUGUGAAUGAAUCUGCUGUACGGCAUGUAUGUAGCUUGAAUUUGUCUUAAAUGUGACAUUUUGUCACUCAUUAUAGCAGACAUCUCAUUAACUUGGAUUCCUGUCUGUUGCCUGCUGGAUUUAUUUAUCAGUCAGCAAGUACUACUUGUGAUUAUGCGUAUUAUUGCACAGCUGUUUUGUGAACAUCUAUUUAACUUUUUCUGCAUAAUUAAUAGGAUUUAUUGUGCUGCUCACCAUUUAUGUUUGUGUUUCUUGGUAAUUGUGUUCACUUACUUAACUCCUGCCAAACCUGAAGUAUUUUUAGAUGUCUGCCUUCUUCAGAACAAGCUGUGGUGGUACAAUAAACACUUUAUUUUUAAA